AUGGCACUUUUCAAAGACUACGUACGUGAACAUGCUAAAUUCUACUGUCCACCAGUCGACAGUCGCCAAUCGGCAUCCGGUGCCGUGACAGAUGUUGAACUUCAGCAAGUGUUGUCUCGUUGGGAGUCGGAUCAAACAAUAAUUGAAGCUCGCCGAGAUGCACAGUUGGUCGAUUCACUUAUCAAUGUUCUUGAUGGGGUUCUUGGUGAAAAUCCUGUCCCAGAAAGUAUUGAGGGAAGAUUCCAGCGACACUAUGAGGAUGACGUGCUGAGAAAUCGUGUAAUUAGGACUGAACCAGAGGCCAGUGGCUAUGUAGAUCGUGGACCUAUUAGUGUUCUCGAGAGAAUCAUGAGAUCUCUUGGCAAUCCCGUUGUCGUUGCCAAUGAAACAGCGGUUCCGGAAACCAGGUCUAAGGUGGACUUCGUGUUAACCACGACGGGGGGCAAGAAGGGUUUGAUUGAAAUAAAGGCUCCACGUGUCUUUGACAUGUCUGCAAGAGAAGUAUUUGAACCGCCUAAUGACAGAAAUGGCGAAGAUGGCGAAGUCGGCUUCGAGGUACGGUUGGAUUCGGAAAGGCCCACGAUAGGAAUGAAAGUCAUAAUGAAGGCGUGUGUGUACAUGAUCCUGUACGAAGUAGAGUGGCUUGUGUUGUCGUGCUUCACAAGAUGGGUGUUCCUCCGACUCCACCGACGUGCAGGGGAAGUGCCAUAUAUCACUUAUUCGACUAUCGAAGAACAAUUAAACAAUACCAGGCCGUUCCGUGCAUUGGUUGGGAUGAUGCUGGCUAUUGCAGAGGAAAUUGAUGUUCCCUCCAACGCCGACAUGGGCGGGCAGCUUCGGCCAGCUCCAGUACAAGGAACUGAGGGACAGUCUGAUGGAUCCGAACCGCCAGAACAGCACGAUCCAUCUUUUAAAGGUCGAGGCCAAGUGACAAGGGCUGAGCCACCAGAAACUCGAUCUCGUAGUAGGGGUGGCAAUUCAUUAGCUUUGUCUCCUGGCUUCCUUAUCACGUGGUCACCAAAAACCAUGUCGAAUAAGAAGUGGCUUGAAUUUCAUGCUGUGGACACCAAUGCAUUCCCGCCUUUGGACAAGGGCACUAUUCGACUCCAUGUCCAGCGUGGCAUUGGAUAUGGGUCAACCGGGACUGUUUUCGAGGCGAUUCCUGAUGGCGACAAACCCAACGGAGCUUUAGAAUCUCGCAGAUAUGCAAUAAAAACGGUCGGGAAGGGUGAGACGGACAAAGAGAAGGGUUGUGCUCGACGUCUGCUCAACGAACUCGCCAUAUAUCGCCACAUCGGUAAGACAUCCUUGGUGUCUAUGACGAUUGUACCGCAGUGUUAUGGACUUUUCGAAACAAGGCGAACACUGGCAUUGGUGAUGGAUUAUGAAGGAGAUGUGCUCAGCCGUGAUGAAAAUUGGCCAGAACUGACGCGCGAUGAGAGGCGUGGACUGUACGAAGCAAUAUUGGCACUUCACAAACUUGGCGUUUGUCAUGGCGACUUGGAACCGCGAAACAUUGUCCGUGACAGCAACGGCUCGUUCAAAAUCAUUGACUUCACAUCGAGCACGUUACAUACUUGUAGCCAGCGUAACGUCAGGUUGCACAGAGUUGGCUCGAGUAAGAAGGCAGCUUAG